GUUUGGGUUAUUAUUUGUCACUGUUUGUCAAAUUGUGAAUGUUUUUAUUCCGUUCGGUCCAUGAAAUCGUAAAAUACUCAUUAAUAGUCUAAAUUUAAUGCGAAAAUGUUCGUAACAAGAACUGUUGCGAUUAGCACCAGAAAUUGGUACGGAAGAUUUUACCACACGACAAUUUCAGAUGUUUUUAAGGUUAAGAGACCCGGAGAUACCAUCAAGAUUAAAGGAUGGGUAAAAUCGUUAAGAAAACAAAAAGAUUACGCAUUUUUUGAUGUAAAUGAUGGUACACACAUUAAACGUCUUCAAGUGGUUGCUAAAAAAGAUCAGACCUUAAAAAAUUUGACGUCUGGAGCUUCCGUAAUCGUUUCAGGAAAUUUAGCUGAAACUCCAUCUGGUCAAUUAGAGUUAAAUGCAUCUGCAGUUUCAGUAGUUGGUGAAUGUGAUGUGAGAGAUGGGUACCCAUUUGCUCCUAGGAAAAUAUAUCCACCUGAAUAUACAAGGAAAUAUUUACAUUUUCGUCCAAGAACAAAACGUUUUUCAUCUUUAUUAAAAAUCAGAGAUGUUGCUCAUUUAGAGAUACACAAUUAUUUACAUUCUAAAGAUUUCAUACAAGUUCACACACCGAUAUUAACAUCAAACGAUUGCGAAGGUGCCGGAGAGGUUUUUUCCGCUAUUCCAACAAAUAAAGAUAUGUUAAACAAUAUGAUUCGACCAAAUGUGACUGUGGAUCAAGCGUAUUUCGGCUGUGAAACUUACCUUUCUGUUUCUGGACAGAUGCAUCUUGAAGCAGCAGCUCACGGUUUAUCAAAAGUUUAUUCAUUCGGGCCAACGUUUCGAGCAGAAAAUUCAAGAUCACGGUAUCAUUUGUCCGAAUUUUACAUGUUAGAAGCCGAAAUGGCUUUUAUCAAUAAAUUAGAAACACUUUUAAAUACCAUCGAGAUGUUUAUUAAAUGUGUAUCUUUUAAAAUUUUUGAUAAAUGCGCCGAAGAAAUCGCCGUUUGUAAAGAAACCGAUCAUUAUAUUUCGUCCCAUUUAAUUCGUGACUUUAAAGUUCUACCGUAUGAUGAAGUUGUCAACAUUUUAAAAAAGUAUGAAACGAAAUUUCAAAAAGCGUUCAACGAAAAGGAUGGUUUAACUAAAGAACACGAAAUCUUUUUAGUCGCACAUUGUCAAUCACCGGUUUUUAUAAUAAAUUUUCCAAAAACGAUGAAACCGUUUUAUAUGAAAGAAUUGACUGAUGAUCAAACGAAAGUUGCUGCUGUAGAUUUGUUAGGCCCAAACGUUGGGGAGAUUAUUGGUGGGAGUUUACGCGAAAACGAUUAUUAUAAAUUAAAAAAUAGUAUUCCGGGUAACGACGCUCGAUUAGAUUGGUACUUGGAUUUGAGAAGAUUCGGGAGCGUUCCGACUGCAGGUUUUGGAAUGGGAUUCGAACGAUUCUUACAAAGCAUUGUUGGGAUUGCUAAUAUUAAAGAUACAAUUCCAUUUCCAAGGUGGCCUCAUCAUUGUCAAAUGUAGCAUUCAUUUUUGAUUAAAAAGAAAUUGUUUUGUUUCAUUAAUAAAUUGUAAAGUAUUAGUUUAA